AUGCAGGAUAGCGACAUUGCAGGGGUGCCUUUCUACCUCAUCCUGCAGCUCAACCGGUUUCACUACCAUCGCGAAACCGGGAACUACGAAAAGGUGAUGGAUAAGGUGACGAUUAACAAAGACAUCAACGUCCCGGUUCGGGUCGUGAUGCGGGAAGGCAGUUGCGCCGACGGGGCGGAGCCCACUGGCGAGGAGGCGGUUGCGUACAGGCAAAUCCAAUACCGCCUCGUCGCCGUGGUGGUGCACAGCGGACCCAGCCCUCGCAGCGGGCACUACUUCACAUUACUGCGCUCCUUCGCAGACGACGCCGCCGCCGCCGUCGCAGCCGCGGAGGAAGACGAGGACGAGGACGCGUGGGUGCUGGCAAAUGACUCAAUGAUCGCGCCGUUGACGUCGGCGACCGCCGCGGGGGUGUUGUCAGGCUCCAACGGAGUUUUCGGUCCAUCCGAGACGCCGUACAUCAUCCUCUACGAGCGCUGCGGGAAUCCUCCGCCCGCCAGCGACGCGCUGGAGCUCCCCGACGCGGUGGUGCUCCCCGGCAAGGUGGAGCAGCUUCUGCGGGGGUUGGUGCUUCCAGCGCCACACGCGCCGCCCACCGCACACAGCCAGAGCGGCAACGGGAACGACGGGGGCGGCGGCGGCGGCGGCGGCGACGACCCUGACGGCGAUGGCGCCGCCGGGAGAAGAGGCAGCAGCGCCGAUGCAGUUGGUUUGAACAACUCAUUUUGGGGCGGCGGCUCCCCCAUCUUUUGA